GUCAGGUAGCCAGCGUAACUGAGUCCGUGAGAAAACCCGAGAUUCAUUUCGUUUCCAAGUGCUGCCCACGGUAAGAGGUAAGAUUUUCUCCUGUGUGCGUCUCAUAAUGGUGGCCUACUAAAAAAGGAAGGAUUUCAGCUUUCGUCUGAAACCUGCUUGAGAAAUGAAAAAAAAGGCAAACAUGGUCGGCAAAAUUUUUCGGCACUGACUGUCUGGAGCAGAAAACGGAUUAAAAUCUCAUAAUUUAAGACUAUUACCAAAGUUUUUUCGCUGUGGGAGCUGGUGCGGUGUGAAUACAGAGACCAACUGCGAGAUGAGUCAAUUGAGGCCCCUUUUUGGCGAAUUUUCUGUCUUGCUCGCUGCGGGUUGAGAAAAUCUGUGCCUCGACUGCGUGCAGAAAGGUUCGAGUAAAGUGAAAUUGGAGGGAUUUGUUUGAUAUCGAAGGCAGUCACGUGUGAAGAAAAAAAUGAAUGAAAGUAAAGCUGUUUCACUGAGUAAAAAUUGUCUGUAAAGUGCGGCGAAUGGGUGGCUUUCGAUAGCGUCUAAGAAAGAAGACGGUGGGUUGUACGUGACCUAAGGAGUGUAUGUUAUUUUGCUGGUUUUGGAAGAUGGAAAUAAAGCCAAAUGUUAAAACUAAGAAGAUUGUUAAAUGCGAAAGCAAUAAUUCGAAAAUAAUAGUUAUUUGAAUUCCGAAUAUGAGAAUGCUCGUUAAUUCUCGUCUCCGUUGGAAUAAAAAAAUGCAUUAAGGAGUUACUAGAAGGAACCGCAAUUGUUGGAAAAAUUGCCGCAAAUGUUUUGAAUGACAAAAAUGUGCAUUAUCAUUCGACUCAUAACUUAAUGCAAACUAUAAGUGAUGAAUCAACGUGGAGUUUUUCUUGAUCACUGAGUAGUGAAACAUUUAUGGUGCACGUUUUUUAGAUGAUUGUGAUUAUAUAGAAAUGCAUUUUUAAUAGACUAACUUACAGUUCGGAUUUUUACCUUUCGAUAGUCAAAUUGCAUGGAAUGGCUGCUACUGACUAAUAUAUCGUACAUUGAUAAUGAUAGUGAUUGUGACGGCGAUAUUCGAGUGUGUUGGUGCAAUAGUUUCACUAGAAUGCAGCAGCAUCACGAUAUGUAGGAGCAGAAAGAGAACACAGCAGCAGUAUCAUCGCUAGAGUGACUCCAUCAACAUCAACGCGAAAGUUCUGCCAAACUUGUCGCAACACCUUCCCUUCGUCAAUGAUGCUCUCAGUGUUCCAGCUUUGUAAAGUUUUCCUGCCGCGCUUUUAUUGCCGAAUGCAGAUAUAGGUGUAUUCGCAGUGUGAAAUAAUUAAUUGCACAAAUACUUAUACAUGCAGUCUACAAAAACUUGCUACUGGUAAAAUAAAGUUGAAAAACAACCAUCGUGACACACAAUUUGAACUGACUUUCGGUAAUUGGAAAAGCUAUCUUUCGGAAGAACACUUUAAUAGCCACUAUUAAAAAUUCAAUGUGCAUCUUCGAGAGUUUAAUUAAAUGCGGUUGAAUGUGAAACCAAGUUAUACUUUUUGGCCGUAGAAAAGUCUUUCGGUCUGUUUGCUAUACCGCUCAAAAGAAAUGCUGCUCUUUUAGUGCCACAGGUAAUGAGUAUCGUCCACAACUACCAUCGACAAACCAUGGUGCAGUAGUUCCACUGGAAAGCAGUAAUAGCUGCUGGCUUUCAUUCGAGAUUCGCCGAUCUAUGACCUAGCCACAGCGCUACAAUAAUGGACAUGCACGGUCUUCUAAAGGCCGUAUGUUUGCUGUAUUUUUUUAAAGGUGUUAUACUGCUGGAUCUUCAGGGACCGGUUUUUCUCAGUGAACCGCAGCAUCGAGUAGAGUUUUCUAACAACUCUGGCGGCCAUAUUGAGUGCACGGGCCAUGGCAGUCCACCCCCGGAUAUGGAAUGGUCGGUAGCGACAACUAACCACGAGCUAGUUUAUGCUUCGCCAAAUGGAAGUCUGAUUUUCUACCCCUUUUCUGCGGAUAAGUUUCGUCAUGAAAUUCACUCAACAGUGUAUAGAUGUAAAUUAAAAAACUUGGUCGGUACUAUUUUAAGUCGCGAAGUGCACGUGAAAGGAGUUGUUAAUCAGAAAUACAAUGUACAAGUUCAUGACGAGUACGUUAUGUCGGGGAACACUGCGGUGCUGAAAUGUCAGGUACCAAGCUACAUUCUAGACUACGUGGUUGUCACAGCCUGGGUACAGGACAGCGGUGUCCAUCUGUAUCCAAAUACCGACAUCGGUGGCAAGUAUAUCGUGCUACCGAACGGCGAUUUGUACAUCAACAACGCCGGGCCAAGCGAUGCGUAUAAAACGUACUCGUGCAGAACUGUAAAUAGACUAACAGGCGAAAUACAAAUUUCAACAUAUCCAGGUAGAGUAAUAGUGACUGAACCUAAAGGACUAGUACAACCUAGAAUUAAUGUAGAGAAACACUCGCUCAAGCACGUAGUUGUGAAUGCACAAGUCACGCUGCCUUGUGUAGCCCAGGGUCACCCAGUUCCAACGUAUCGCUGGUUUAAGGAGGUCAAGGAUCAAAUUAUUCCACUCCAGCUGAAUGAGCGAAUCAGCAUAAUUUCGGCCGGAUUGCUAAAGAUCGCCAAGGCCCGUCUGGAGGAUAGCGGGAAGUAUCUCUGCUGGGUAAACAAUACAGCCGGCGAGGAGACAAUCCAGGUGACGUUGACCGUUACCGCACCCCUUACAGCACACCUGCAGCCACAAGUACAAACCGUAGAUGUUAGUAAGGAUGCACAAUUUCAGUGUAUCAUUUCGGGAUUCCCGGCCCACGAAGUCCUUUGGAUGCAUAACGGGAAACCCAUUGUUCGGGAUAGUCGUAUAGAGAUUUACACCGACACACCUCGUAUCGUGAUCAAGAACGUGCAGAAGGAGGAUCAGGGCAUGUACCAGUGUUUUGUAUCCAAUGAAUGGGAACAGAUACAGUCGACUGCCGAGUUACAACUUGGAGAUGCUACACCGGAACUAUUAUACUGGUUUUCUGAGCAGACGCUUCAACCUGGACCAACAGUUUCAUUAAAGUGCGUUGGAACGGGCAAUCCGCCACCGCAAUUCACCUGGAAGUUGGAUGGCUUUCCCAUCCCCGAUAGCUCUCGGUUCGUUGUUGGCCAGUAUGUAACCAUUCACGACGACGUAAUCAGCCAUGUAAAUAUAUCCAACGUGAAGGAGGAGGACGGUGGGGAAUACACCUGCGUGGCUCAGAACAGCAUCGGCCGGGUAUCGCAUAGUGCCCGAGUGAACAUAUACGGUCUUCCAUACAUUCGAGAGAUGCCUAAAAUCACCGGCGUUUCCGGUAGUGAUCUAGUGAUAAAGUGCCCGGUAGCCGGCUAUCCGAUUGAUAAAAUACACUGGGAACGAGACGGUCAGACACUACCAAUCAAUCGUCGCCAACGAGCCUACAACAAUGGUACGCUUAUCAUCGAGCAGCUACAGCGAACUGAAGAUGCCGGAACUUAUACGUGUAUGGCGCAGAACAAGCAGAAACAAACAUCUCGACGAAACGUAGAGAUUCAAGUUAUAGUGCCUCCAAAAAUCAUGCCCAUCCAAGCAAUGACCAACAUGUUGCGCGAAGGAAUGCGUGCUGCCAUCUCGUGCCAAAUAUUAGAAGGAGAUCUACCAGUAAAUUUUCGCUGGGAACGCAACGGUAAACCAAUUCUCGGAACCGGCAAUGAGGUGAUUCGUCGGUUGGAUGAGUAUUCGGCCAGUUUAGUCAUUGAACAUAUCACGUCGGAAUAUUCGGGUAAUUACACCUGCAUUGCGAGUAACGUGGCGGGAAGCGAAAGCUUCACAGUUCCUUUGACAGUAAAUGUACCACCGAAAUGGAUUCUCGAACCAAAGGAUUCCAGUGCUCAAGCCGGGCAAGAUGUCGCUCUUCACUGCCAAGCCGGUGGCCAUCCCAAACCGAUAAUCACAUGGAAGAAAGCGAUUGGCAACACUCCCGGAGAAUACAAAGAUUUUUUAUACGAACCGAACGUCUCUCUGCAUACAAACGGCACACUGGAAUUUCGAAAGAUAACUAAAGAAUCACAAGGUCAUUUUUUAUGCGAAGCAAAAAACUCUAUUGGAACUGGAGUUAGCAAAGUAAUUUUUCUCAAAGUUAACGUACCUGCCCAUUUCAACACAAAGAGUAAGCAAAUCACAUCCCCUCGCAAUAAACAGAUUCAUAUCCAAUGCAACGUCCAGGGUGACAAUCCGAUCGAUAUUAAAUGGAAAUUACAAAACUCUCAACAACAUAUAGACGAAUCGUUGGACAACCGGUACAAUAUCCGAGAACAAGUGCUGGAUGAUGGAAUGGUUUCAGAGCUAGGGAUUUCACACACUUAUCGCCAGGAUACCGGUGUCUACAUCUGCCAUGCAACGAAUGCCUUCGGACAUGACGAAAUGUCGAUUCAGCUAGUGAUUCAAGAGGUUCCGGAAUCUCCGAAGAACUUACGAAUAAAUUCACAACAAUCCCGAACACUUCAGCUGUCUUGGAGUCAACCUUUUGCCGGAAACAGUCCCAUCGAGAAAUACAACGUUGAAUACAAGUUGGUCACCGAUUCUUGGCAAUCUGCCGAACAUAUUACUGUAGCCGGAACACAGACGGUCAUUACCUUGCAAAAUUUGAAGCCUGCUAAAGCAUAUCACAUUAAAAUAUCUGCCGAAAACAAGUUGGGUGCAUCCGAAUACUCGGAGGUGAUCCAGGUCACCACCUUAGAAGAAGUGCCUUCCGGUCCACCAUUGAACAUCAAAGGUGAACCAAAAAGUUCCACCGAAAUUUUCCUUUCUUGGGAAGCACCAGAUCGAGAACAGUGGAAUGGAAACCUGCUCGGUUACUACGUAGGUUACCAAGAAGCAACCAACCCCAACGACAAGGAAAUUAAUCCGACACAGGGUUUCAAUUUCAAAACCGUCGAGGUUCGAACGCAUUUCGGCGGUGAAACUACACUUAGUGGCUUGAGCAAGUGUACCCAGUACAACAUAGUGGUGCAGGCGUACACUAGCCAGGGUAGUGGACCACCGAGCAAGGAAAUUUCCCUCAACACCUUAGAGGAUGUGCCUUCAACUGCACCUGACAGUCCAAAGUGUGAUGUGCUGAGUUCUACAUCGAUUUAUAUCACCUGGUCGCCUCCUGCACCUGAGGGUCAGAACGGCAAAAUACGGGGAUAUAAGGUAUCAUACAUCGAAAUCGAGGAUCUGUUUGAAAAAGAACCGUAUACUGCAAAAACAAAUAAUCAGUACAUGACGUUGGAGAAUCUAAAGAAAUUUACCAACUACACGUUCUGGGUACUAGCGUUUACAAAAGUUGGCGAUGGAGUGAGAACUGCCUCUUUUUUCUGUACAACACAUGAAGACGUUCCAUCACCACCCAAGGCCAUCAAGGCGGUUCCAGCUUCUAACACGAAAAUCAUCAUUUCUUGGCUACCACCAGCCAACAAAAAUGGCAUCAUUACUGGAUACACAUUCUAUAUGUCACUAGUAGAUGGCGGUCGAGAAGAGAGUGCCCACAAGCGAUCUUUGGUACCGUACGCCGAUAUACACGAAACUGUGCGCCUUCAAGAGCACGGAACCUAUCAGUUUUGGCUAACGGCAUCUACCAAAGUUGGUGAAGGCGAUAAAUCGGAAGUCAUCACAGUUCCUCCCAAUAACAAAGUUCCCGCGAGAAUUGUUUCGUUUAGUCAAGAAAUUGUAACGCCAUGGAAGGAAACACUAGUGUUGCCCUGUCGAAAAGUAGGUGUUCCAGCACCAGUAACGAUCUGGCGCCAAGACGACCAAGCAAUGGAAACAGGAACGAGGAAACUUAUUGCUAAAAAUGGUACCUUAUACAUAAAAGAGUGUCAACACACAGAUGCAGGAAAUUAUACAUGCAGCGUAGAAAACAACUGGGGAAGGGAUGAAAUAGUUUAUCAUAUCAAGAUCAAAGUUCCUCCUGAUCCACCGAGUCUAUCGGUUGUCAAUACUUACACCGAUAGUUUGCUUCUGGAGUGGAUUGAUAACAAGAAUGGUGGUUCACCGAUAUUGGGUUAUGUAAUCAAUUACAAGCGAGAACAUGGAGAUUGGGAAGAGAUUCAGAUCGACUCAAAAACCAACACACAUCUGCUGGUGAACUUAUGGUGCGGAACAAAGUAUCAACUAUACAUUACUGCUUACAAUAAAAUAGGAACUGGUCUUCCAUGCGACAUUGUCCACUCACAAACCAAAGGACUUUCUCCAGUUCAACCAAAACACUCGCAAAUGAUUACAAAUAACUCGACCAGUGUAACCUGUUGGUUGGACUCCUGGGGAGACGGUGGGUGUGGAAUUCUUCACUUUUCAAUUGAAAAUCGAGUAUAUGGUAGAUCUUUGUGGAAUAUGAUAUCAAAUCACGUCGAAGCGACGGAACGAAUUUUUACGGUCACAGAAUUAGCCCCUGCCACCAAAUAUCAGCUACGAGUGACGGCUUACAACAAUGCCGGGGCAACGAUGGCGGUAUACAAUUACACAACCCUAACUGCGGCCGGAGUGAUGGUUCAUCCGGAUUUAACAAAUCCCGUUUCUCCGCACCUCGGGGACAAUCCAUUUUACGCCAACUUUAAGGUGCUGCUUCCGCUCUGCCUUUCGAUACUAAUACUAUUCGCAUUAAUCGCAGUGGCUCUUCUCAUCCGAAAAAGAAAGCUAAAUAACCAGAACCGAAUACCGUCAACUUCAAUGUCAGAGUCGCCGUCGAUUGCCAAUAUCCAAAACAAGCACAACCGGGACCAACAGUAUCUGGCGGUGCGCGCUCAACAAAACAGCCGCAACAGCAACUCCGUUGAUUCGGGCAGUUUUAAGGCCGAGGGAAAUGAAUAUAUUGAAGACAUUUGCCCGUAUGCAACAUUUCAGUUGAACAAGCAAACGUACAGCGAAAGUUCAUACAGUGGAAAUGUUUACAGUGGACCUUAUCAUUCGGUAAGAGGAUCAUUUGUGUAUCAUGAUGUAAAAACCGAAAGCUGUCAUAACAAAGAGCCUGAGUACACAAAAGUACGCAGAAAGGGCGGAUCUCGUCUGAGGGAUCCUGCUACCUCGGACCCCAUAGAUAUAAAUCAGUUUAUAGAAUCUGACAAUCCCGGAUCCACAGAUUCUGAAGUUAGGAAGAUACUAACACUUCAUAUACCGAUUACAGAAUAUGAUACGCUUGGUUCUGAGUCCGACAACGACAUGGCCUCGCGUUCCAAUCAGUCCAACUAUAGGCACCACAGAGAAACUCAAGACGAAACGUCUUCGUCUUCCGAAAAUUCGCCUUCUAGUUUAUCUAGAAAGUCGAAACCACCGUAUCCACCACGAAAGUCGGGAAAAUCGUCACAGAACCUGACGAAGCGUCAUGUUAGAAGUUCUAGCGGCUACUCUAGCCACAAUGAGGAAACUACGUUUAGUAUAUCUAACUAUCCGAACUAUUCCGAACAUAUAACACCGCCAGCCAGGUUCUCCGAUCUGCUCGGGCGGGACGCCACACUGGCUGUCUCGUCCGUAAAUCCAUCCGGAUUGGUUGGCAGUGCCAGUGAGCUGAGUAGUACGAAAAAAUCGAGUAAUCAGUCACCGCGACCUCGUGCCAAUCAGAAGCUUCAACGGGAAGCCUUUCAAAUCAAUGUGUGAUGGGAUUGUUACAGCGACUUUCAGGAUAUCUAACAAAAAAUAAACACACACACAUAUGCAUACAAAACAAUAUAAACGAACACACGAGCACGCAUCUCGUAUUUUCAAUACAACGCUACGAUCUGAACGAAUUAUCAGGCUGCAAAGUGAUCGAAUGCUCCCUUGAGUUAUUGUGACUGAACAACUAUGUUUAAUUAGUUUUGUAGCAAAGAAAACCAGUUAUAUUUUACGUAACGAAAAGCAAUCCAUUUUGAGAAUGGAUUGGAAUACAACCGACGAAGUGGAAACUGCUUCCAUACGUAUUAAAAAUUGUUAUCGAAUAAUAAUUUAGGAUUAAAUUGAAAUAGAUAGUUAUUUGAUACAAAAAUUUAUCGGAAUAAAAACUGCACACCAUUUGCCAAAACAAUAGAAAUGUAUGUUAAUUGAUUUGACUAUUUUAUAUCGAAGUAAUAUUUUAAACUCAGUAGUUAUUUCUGCUACAAGCAGAGUAGUAAAAUGUAUUAGGUCAACAAAUUGUAGAACUCUUUCUUGAAUCGAUCUUAUUCUGGUUUCAGAUUUACAAACCUAUAGUUUAAUGUGAGAGUAGCCCAAUAACUUAGUAUUUUCUAUGUUUCUCGCGUCGCAGUUAUUUCAUUAGGUUAACUCUCCAACUCUCUCAUUUACAUUUACAUUUACAACCAACUCUCUCAUUUACAGUAGUGACAAGUACAAUAAAAUCACCAUAAAUCAUAUAUUACCAAAGGUAAACCAAAUAUUUUCAGUUCAACUUUUGUUUGGUACUAACCGAUGGUUUAGUGGAAUUGCACAUACAAUAUGUGCGAUUGCUGAAAUUUUUUGUAUAAUUCAUAGGAUUGGGUUGAUAUAAUCGAUCAAUCGAUGACCACGAGGUUGAUAGAUGUUAAUAUAUGUGUAAAAAGGAAAAUAAAAAAAUAGAAAAAGGAAGACAAUGUAAUUGAUCUCGGUCGAACAAAUCCAAAAUAAUGAUUAUUGAAAGAAAUGUGACCUAUGUAAAUAUUUAUGGAAACAAAAACAAAAAGUAAAUAAGUCCUAGAAGGAAAACAGCAAGACUUCACAUAUUUGGUAGUUAUCUACAUAGAAUCGAAUCCGUUUAUGCAUUUAAUUUUUAUUUUUAAAAGCUUCCUCAAAGUAAUUAUCCAGGCGCGUAUCCAGGACCCCGCAACUCAAGAAAUUCUUAGGGGAAACAGGUGCUAGACCGGAUAGCUUAAACUUUUUCUAAACCUGGUAUUAUUUCGAUUCAUGGAUUGACUUUGAAAACGCGCUUGGAGAUGACGCGGUAGAAAUGACAUGGGUAAAAACCCAAUUUUAAUGGAUGUUUUUUUUCAAUUUCUAAAAAGUGUCCGAUUUAACACCGAUCUCCCCCGAUUUUUUUCUGGAUACGCGCCUGCAAUGUUCCAUAAGGUCUUGGUCGCAUAAGUCAGUUGUUGUAUAUUCAUUUCUGUGCUACGUAAUUUAUGUGCUAUCGUUUGAUCAUAUGGUAAUUAUACCAAGUAAUGGAAAAACUAUUUUUCGUAGAAACACUGGCUGUUUACAACCAUACCUUUGGAUUCAUUUUAAGACUAUUCGCAAAAUACUUGAAAGUUGCCUUUCGCAACAGAUAUCAUGAGCAAAACAUGAGAACAUAGUUUAAAUGCAUUUAAACCUUAAAUAAUGUAGAAUGUUUUAACCAAUAUCUUUGAUUUGUUUCUACAGGGUUAGUUCGACUAGUGAACAAGUUUUGACUGGGUAAAAUAUUGUCGAAAUUCACUUGAAAGUCCAAUGCAAAGAAGAUUCCAAGUGACGUCAGUUGAACUAUCGUUUCCAAUAAAACCAUGAUACAUCAUUAAUAUUUUGUUGAUUUAUUAUAUUUUUUUUACAAAAUCAACUUUGUUCGGUAAUUCUUGCAUCUUUCGCCAAGUUUCGACCAGUCGAACUACCGAAUAUUCUGAUAUAUCAUAUAUUUUGAAAAGCUUUAUAGUGAAAAGGUUUGAAAGUACAUUAAAAAAAAAUCUAAAAUUGCACAACAAUAGAACACUUCCUUUUCGACGAAAAAAAACGAGAAUAACUCUAUUUUUUAUAUUUUACAUACAAAUAUAACAGUAAUAUUAUUACUUACUACUUUGACAGUAAUAUUCUCGAUUGGGAUUUGAACAUACAACAGCUGGCUUAUUAGACCGGAGCAACUGAACCACAACCUAGAGCAAAUUCCUAAUGCAUCGUGUAUUUUAGUGCGUAUGAAGUUAUGCAUUGAUAACAUAUUCUAAUGCUGGAUUUGAACCAUCCUUUUUUCUACCAUAAACAGUAUCUCAGUAUCAAGUUAUAGACAGGAAACAUAACAACAAAUACACAUACAAUGAUUGUUUCCAAUAAUCACAUAUCCAAUAUGUCAACUCAGAUUCAAAAAGUCUGGAGAAAAAAAACUUUCUAUAGUAAUUUGCAGGCAAAGAUGUCUAAUGAAAAACAAGAACGCCUUAGAUAAACCGUAAUGUAAAUAAGAGCAAACAAACUAAUAAACUUUUUUCAGUUAAACUCAUCACGAUUGCAUCUCUCUUGUUGAUUUUAUGCUUUAUAUUCGAUAGUUAGAGCUUCAGUAAUUAGUAUUCUCCAAUGUAAAAACAAAACAAGGACUGAUAGAGUUUACACGAGAGCCUAACACAAAAAAACGACUCGAAUGAAUGUGAAGACGAGUUAACGAGGAGCGCGAAUUGGAAAAUAGAGAUACCAACACUGAUAAGACAAUAUGGAAUGAACCCAUUCCAGGUGUGUUUAGCACAUUAUAGUUUAUAAAACUAAGUAAACAGCACACUGAACCCGAUGGAUUAUAUUUGUGACACUGAGCCACACGUUAAAGAAAGCAGCCAUAACAAGCCAAGAAUAGAGUAAGUAAACUUCGAAAAAAACUGCAUCCACCAUAACACAUUAGCAAAACAGAAGAAUAAAAAGGAAAUACACAGAAACAAUAGCAGAUAUAUACCUCGUCAAUAAUUUUAUUCUCUCCAGCUAUCGAUAAGGGACUGCUAUCGUAAACUGCCCUACAACCAGAAAAAAUACACCGGACUUUUUUUUGCUCGAUGCGUUUUGAGAUAUCCACAAUGGUCAGUUUAGGCAAUCAAACUACAUACUGUUGGCAUCCAAAUCCAUUUAGGUAUUGUGGAAUUUUACUGUAAACUCAAACUAAUUGUCACAGCAAGCAAACAAAAGUGAAAAUAAUAAAAAUACAAGAUGGAUAAAUGUUAA